GCCAGAGGAGAAAUAAACCCUAAUUAGUCUGAGAAGAGAAGAGGUGAGGCUGAGGAUGAAGAACUUGAAGGUGUUUGGGGAGGUUCCCUUGGGACUCUCCCUUGACUCUAACGAGGAAACUAUAGGGUUUUGCAGCUUCGACAUCGAACGCAACCGCAUCUUCUUCCUCUCUUCCCACAAUCUCAUUUACACUUCCCAUCUCUCCUCUUUCCACGAGAACGCCGUUUGGAGCCCUAACGCCUCGCUCUCCUCCUCCGAUGCUGUUACCGUCGAUCUCGAACCCGGAGACGCCGUUACCUCCUUCGACUACCUCAUGGAGAAAGAAGCGCUUCUUCUCGGAACCUCCAACGGCCUUCUCUUGCUCCACAACGUCGACGACGCCUCCGACGCGACGCAAGUCGUUGGCAAGCUCGACGGCGGCGUCAAUGCAGUUUCCCUCAGCCCUGACGGAGAACUCGUCGCCGUAACCACCGGUUUCGGGCAGCUUUUGGUGAUGACUCACGAUUGGGACGUGUUGUACGAAACAUCACUCCACGAUGAUGAUGUUCCCGUAAGUGAAGGGGAGUUUCUUCCCGUGUCUUGGCGAGGAGAUGGGAAAUACUUUGCUACGAUGAGUGAUGCGUGUGGUUCUGGUUCGUUGCUUAAGAAAAUUAAGGUUUGGGAUCGAGAUUCAGGGGAUUUGCUUGCUUCUUCGGAGCUGAGAAGUUUUGCUGGGGCAGUUUUGGAGUGGAUGCCCAGUGGUGCUAAAAUUGCAGCUGUUUGUGAUGGGAAAGAUGGAAAUGAAUCUCCCUCUGUUGUUUUCUUUGAGAGGAAUGGAUUAGAGAGAAGCAGGUUUAGUGUCGAUUCGAAAGUUAAACUUCUCAAGUGGAAUUGCAGUUCUGAUCUUCUCGCAGGUGUUGUUGAAUGUGAAAAUUAUGAUGCUGUAAGGAUAUGGUGUUUUAGUAAUAACCACUGGUACCUGAAGCAUGAAAUUAGAUACUUGAAGCGAGAUGAAGUUAGCUUCAUUUGGAAUCCGACGAAGCAGCUGCAGUUAAUUUGUUGGACUGUUGGUGGUCAGGUCACAGUUUCUAACUUUAUUUGGAUCACGGCUGUUAUGGAGAAUUCUGUUGCACUGGUUGUCGAUGGCUCCAAUAUUCAUGUAACGCCACUGUCCUUGUCCUUAAUGCCACCUCCUAUGUAUUUAUUUAGCUUGAAAUUUUCUUCUCAUGUCCGGGGUAUGGCAGUGUAUUGCAAACACUCUAAGAACCAGUUAGCUGCGUUUCUUUCAAAUGGUAGCUUAUGUGUUGUGGAGCUUCCAUCAAUUGAAACCUGGGAAGAACUAGAGGGGAAAGAAUUCAGUGUUGAAGACUCUCAUACAGAAAUGGCAUUUGGAUCCAUUUUACAUCUUGAAUGGUUGGAUUCCCAUAAGCUAUUAGCCAUUUCACAUUAUGGUUUUAGUCAUAGUAAUGACUUAUUUCAAACCUCAUUGACUGAGGGUGGACUUCGAGGCUUCUAUUUGCAGGAAGUGGAACUUGAAUGUUCUGAGGAUCUUGUUCCAGGAUUGCUGACAUGCUCAGGCUGGCAUGCAGCAGUUUCAAAUCGAAAUACCCUUGAAGAGCUGGUUAUUGGCAUCGCUUCCAAUCCUGCUAGUAAACACUCUGCAUAUAUUCAGUUUUCUAGGGGGGAAAUCCAAGAGUAUGUAUCAAAAAUUGGGAUUAGUAGAGGAUCUCUAGAACAAGAACAUCAAGGUUUUUCUGCAGCUUGCCCUUGGAUGAGUGUAGCGUUAGUUGGCAGUGCUGGCCUAUCAAAAUCAGUGCUUUUUGGACUGGAUGAGAUUGGCAGACUGCAUGCUAAUGCGGGGAUACUUUGCAACAACUGCAGCAGCUUCUCAUUUUACUCAAAUUUGGCUGACCAAGUGAUCACACAUCUAAUCCUUGCAACUAAACAAGAUUUGCUUUUUAUUGUUGACAUUGCAGAUGUAUUUAAUGGGGAGUUAGACUCAAAGUACAGUAACUUUGUCCGCAUUAACAGUAGAAAAAAAGAAGAAAAUGAAAGCUUCAUAAAUAUAUGGGAGAGAGGUGCUAAAAUUGUUGGAGUUUUACAUGGAGAUGAAGCUGCCAUUAUACUGCAAACUACUCGGGGAAACCUAGAAUGUAUAUGCCCUAGAAAGUUGGUUUUGGUUUCCAUCAUUAAUGCAUUAGUUCAAAAGCGCUUUAAAGAUGCAUUACUUAUGGUUAGAAGGCAUAGGAUAAAUUUCAAUGUAAUUGUUGAUUACUGUGGCUGGCAAGCAUUUUCACAAUUAGCUUCUGAAUUUGUCAGGCAGGUUAACAAUCUGGGUUACAUAACCGAGUUUGUUUGUUCCAUAAAGAAUGAAAAUAUUAUAGAGAAACUCUAUAAAAAUCACAUUUCUGUUCCCUGUCCAAAGGUUGCUGAUGUUAUGCUAGUUGGGGGCAUCCAGAAUUCUCUUGCUGGUAACAAGGUUUCUUCCGUUUUGAUGGCUGUAAGAAAAGCACUUGAGGAUCACAUAACAGAAAGUCCUGCAAGGGAGCUUUGCAUUUUGACCACUCUAGCUCAGAGUGAUCCUCCAUUACUUGAAGAUGCUUUAAAGAGAAUAAAAGUUAUUCGUGAAAAGGAAUUGUCUCAUGCUGAUGACCAGGGGAGAAUGUCUUACCCUUCUGCUGAAGAAGCUUUGAAGCAUCUUUUGUGGUUAGCUGACUCUGAUGCUGUAUAUGAAGCUGCUUUGGGUCUUUAUGAUUUAAAUCUUGCAGCUAUUGUGGCAUUGAAUGCUCAGAAAGAUCCAAAAGAGUUUCUUCCUUUCUUACAGGAAUUGGAGCGUAUGCCAACUCUAUUAAUGCAAUAUAAUAUUGACCUUAGGCUGAAAAGGUUUGAAAAGGCUCUCAGACACAUUGCUUCUGCUGGAGAUUCUUAUUAUGAUGAUUGUAUGACACUCGUUAAAAAAAACCCUCUACUUUUUCCUUUGGCUCUUCAACUUUUUACUGGCCCUACCAAGCAGAAGCCAUUCCUUGAGGCAUGGGGGGAUUAUCUUAGUGAUGAAAAAUGCUUUGAAGAUGCUGCGGCAAUUUAUAUGUCCUGUUUCAAUCUGGAUAAGGCUCUGAAGUCUUAUCGUGCUAUUAAUAACUGGAGUGGGGUGCUUACGGUUGCUGGGUUCCUUAAUUUGGGAAAGGAUGAGCUACUACAUCUUGCCAGUGAGCUCUGUGAAGAACUUCAAGCACUAGGUAAACCUGGGGAGGCUGCCAAAAUUGCCCUGGAGUACUGUGGAGAUGUUAACACCGGUGUGAAUUUGUUGAUUACUGCAAGGGACUGGGAGGAGGCUUUGAGGGUUGUUUUUAUGCAUAGAAGAGAGGACUUAAUUAAAACAGUGAAGAGUGCAUCUUUGGAAUGUGCAAGCACACUUACCAGUGAAUAUGAGGAAGGCUUAGAGAAAGUGGGGAAAUACUUGGCACGUUACCUGGCUGUUCGACAGAGAAGAUUACUUCUUGCAGCAAAGCUCCAGUCAGAGGAACGUGCAGCAAGUGAUCUUGAUGAUGAUGCUGCUUCAGAAACUAGCAGUAAUUUUAGUGGAAUGAGUGCAUACACCACAGGGACCAAGAAAAGUUCUGCUGCUUCAAUGAGCUCAACUGCGACUAGCAAGGCAAGAGAAACUAGGCGUCUGAAGAAGAGAGGAAAAAUCCGUCCUGGGAGUCCUGAUGAGGAGAUUGCCUUGGUGGAGCAUUUGAAAGGCAUGUCCCUGACAGUGGAAGCUAAACGUGAGCUGAAAUCUUUGUUGGUCUCCCUUAUGAUGUUUGGUGAGGGAGAAACAUGUAAGAAGCUACAACAAACGGGGGAAAACUUUCAAUUGUCUCAGAUGGCAGCAGUCAAAUUAGCUGAAGAUACAAUAUCUAAUGAUACCAUAAAUGAGUAUGCACAUACGUUGGAGCAAUAUACCCAAAAAGUAAGGAAUGAAAUUCACAAUUCAGAGGCUUUCUCGUGGCGGCUUAAAGUUUUUUUGUCCUAUGAGUGAGCGUAGCAAAUUAACAUAAAUUUUUGUUAGAUGUAUCUGCAUGCAGUUUGAUGUUAUUAGCAUCGUUUCUUUUGAGCUUGUCCCAUAACUAUGAUUGUAUAAUCACUCUGAAUUGAUUGUGUUGCACUGAACAUCUAUAUUAACAAUGAAAGCCGAUUAGUGCUCGAUGAGAGUGGAUUGAUCAGA